AUGUUAAGUAAAUACUAGCAAAAGCUCUGUUAACUAAAUAAUAACUUCAUUAGAGCAGGAUUUUCAACUCAUUCUCAUCCAAAAUUUGAUAUUCAAAGAGCAGCUGAUAGAUCUAUUAUAUUAACUCCUAAACUAGCACCUCAUAAGUAUUCCUUGAUUUGGUUGCAUGGACUUGGGGACAGUGCUGCUGGAUUUGUUGAUGUUUUUCUAGAUGAAAAUUUUAAUCUCGUCCCGAAAAAUUGCAAGGUCCUACUAUUAACUGCUCCUUAAAGAGAAGUUACUUUAAAUGAUGGAAUGAUGAUGAAUUCUUGGUAUGAUAUAUCAAAUAUAAGAGGAGGUAGACCUAAGUCAAUGGAUGAACUGUAUCCAAAAUAUAAUCAGGAAUAGUUAAUGGAGAGUGUAGAUAUUGUAACCAAGCAUAUAGAAUCAGAAAUUAAACUUGUUGGAUAAAGUAAAUAGAUAUUUUUAGGGGGAUUUUCUUAGGGUUGUGCACUUGCAUUAGCUACAUUUCUUAAAUAUGAUAAGUUAUUAGGGGGUAUUAUCGGGUUAAGUGGAAUGAAUGCGCUUAAAUUUGAUUUAAACAAUGCCCCACUUUACGAGGAAAAGAAAAAUACACCUAUUUUUCUAUAUCAUGGAGAGGCAGACAAUAUGAUUAAUUAUCAUGUAGCAUAGCUGUCAUAUAAAGAAGUUUUUGAUUAAAAAUUUAAUGCAAAUUUGACUCUUGAAAGUGGAAUGGAGCAUACUUUAAGUGAAAAAGAGCUUAGGCUUCUAUAAAAGUUUAUUCAUAAUCAGAUGCCAUGA